AUGAGCAUAGUUGCACAGUUUUUAUGUUUAAUGUUCGUAUUUGUGCUUCUUGGAGAGAGUGAUGGUAUCAGUAUAGUUGUUCUUUUCUUUCUUAAAGUCACGUUAGUCAGAAACACAAAGCAUCAUAACCAUUGGAACCGGACAGCUGUUGAGAGACGGCGAAAAUACCUUCCAUGGGAAAAUGAGGAUAAGCAGAAGCUUAAUGGCUUGUGGUCAUCUCCAGAGAAGCCAUGGCCAUGGGAGUGGAGAAAGAACAAACGUGGAGCAGAUACGGCGAGGAUGCUUCCUUUGCAAGUCACAUCUCCAGUUCUUGGGUUCGAGAUGUGA